AUGAAAAUUGAAAGUCAGAAGCUGGGAAAUCAAGUAAGUACACAGAAAUUUCCAGAACAUGAAGUCCUCAAAGGAAACCUAGAAUCCUAUUAUAUAGUUGAUGUACUCCAAAAUUGUUUGUAUGGUCGAGUGUAUCAAGGUUUUGGAGAAAUAAGUGGAGACCCUGUAGCAGUAAAAGUAUUGAUAAAAGAUGAUAUUAGUUUAAAAGAACGAAAUCGUUCAUUACCCGAAACUCCCUUGGCUGAAGUUUUCUUUGCUAAAGAAAUGGCCAACCAUCCUCAUCUAGCUUCCAUACGAGAUGUAUUCGAGACUAAGGAUUAUCACUGUAUUGUAAGUGACUUAGCUGAUGGUGAGGACCUUUUAGAGCUUUUAAGAAAGUAUCGUACAGGGCUACCCGAGGAAUUUGUAAGGAUUUGUAUGAAACAAGCAGCUUUAGCUUUGGCAGCUUGCCAUGAUAGAGGCUUUGCACUUCAAGAUUUUAGUCUUGAAAAUUGUCUUCUUUUCUCAGUCAAAGAUAAUAUUGAUAUAGAUAAAAAGUUUAAUAAUUGCGAAACUAGAAAUUCUAAGAAUAUGAAUAUAUCAAAUGAAAAUAGGUACUGUAAAUUCCAGAUUAAAGUUUGUGAUCCUGGACAAGCUAUAAGAUUUACAAAGUAUAAAAAUUCAGAUAUUGAGGUCCCAGUUCCAUAUUUAGGGUGUGUAGGGAAAAAGUUUAGACCUCCUGAAAUAUUUUUAAGGAAACCCUACAUUGCUAGCAAAGUAGAUAGUUGGUGUCUAGGUUGGAGUACUUUCUACUUAAUGUUUGGGUUGGAAAUUUUUGAUAGUGUAUACCAAAUUGACAAUGAUAUUAGAUGGAAAUGGUAUAGUCUGGGUUAUAGAGAUUAUUUGUAUUCUUAUUUAGGAGUGAAAGAUAGACUUUCCCCUAUUGCUAGAUCUUUUAUUGAAUCCUUGUUAGAUCCAAAUCCCACAUUUAGAAUAUCAGUGAAACAAGCUUUAAACCAUGAGUUUCUCCGGGAUAUAGAUCCACAAGAAAAUUUAAUUUUGGAGAAUUGCGGAAGGUCUUUAAAAGUUGAUGAAAAUUUCACUGGAAUAGAUAAUAUAAAGUACAAUAAAAAAAAUUUAAAUUCUAAAGGACAACCACCAUGUAUUCCUGAUAUUUAUCAAACAGUAUAUAGAAAUAUUUAUUGUUCAGUAGAUAAACCAAGUGGAUAUAUUCCUUCUAUAGGACAGAAUAAGAAUUCUAUAACUCAAGCUCCAAAUAUGAAUCUUUUUCAAAAAAAUAUAUACUCAAAAAAUAUUCAGACUACCUCGCAAUAUUUUAAGGUUAAGGAUAAUAAAUCAAAUCAAAAUUUUAUUACUAAUAAACAUGAAAUUCAUAAUAACUUAUUAGAUCAAAAAGUUGAACAUUUUAAUAAACCUUUGCAGAAUUUGAGAAGUUCUAACAAUCCUAUUAAAAAUUCAGUGAUGUCACAAAUGAAUACACGAGGUAUAAUUCAUUCCGUACUAGGUUCAAUUCCAGCCUUAUUUCAAACUGUUCAACAUCCUAUUAAACCAUUAAUUCAACCAAGACAGCAUUUUAUGUGUAUCCCUAAUAUUAAUCCAUCUGCAUUUCCUCCAAUUAUAAGACAAUCAUAUAUUCCUAAUCAAGCAAUCUUACAGAAAUCUCACCAGGCAACAGUAAAGAAGGUACUAAAUCAAGAUUACAAUUUGAAUGGAUUUGAAAAUGUUGCUAAUCAGAAUUCAAUUAAUCCAAAUGAUAUGAUUAAUCUUAAAAUGACUCGUUGUGCUGUGACUUAUAAUCAUAGUAGUUCUUAUGUACCUCCUCCUUCAACAGGUAAAAUUUUACCCUGUGAUAAUAUAAAAUCUCAACAUGCACUAAGUUAUGUACCAUUAAAAACAGCUAGAUAUACACCUGUAUCAGGUAAAAAUAAAAAUACUCCACAAUAUAGUAGCAAUAUAACUUGUAGGAGAUUUGGAGGUUUUACAGCUGUGAUAGAAGGAAGAAAUUCAUAUAAUCAAACGAAAGUAAAGAAUAUAUGA